GAGGGAAAGAAAGUGAGAGUCCCCUUCCUGUUAGAAUGGCUUGGUGCAUCUUACUUCCCCACCAGGAGAUGGAUGAAGGUUGUCAACUAUCUCCAUCGGAGGAAAGUGGCUUUGGCUGCUCUGGAUCCUUUGAACUGCCGCUUGACAUGUCAAAAUGAAUAGGCUACUGGGUUUUUGGAGCCUGGAGAGAAACAGGAUCAGCUGCUCAUAAGAAGGGCAGGAACUGGAGGACCUGUUUCAGUCUGGGAUGUCCUUGCUUUAAACCACUUCCUCUUUAAACCACCUGUUUUUCUAAAGAUCCCUGGAACAUCACUGUGAGACAUACUACAGUCUUGAGGGUGGGGUGGGAUGACAUCGCCUGAUCCAAAGGACUAGCAAAGAGGUAGAAAGCCGAAAGCUGGACAUUUCCCCGACAAAGUAAGAAGGCUGGAAGUGGGCCAAGCAAGCUGGUUGCUUUGGCAAAGUGGGACUUAGGCCAAGAAAAAAUGGCUGCCACGGAGGGAACACAACUAGGCUUUGGCUUCUACUUCCAGACCACAGAAGAACAAAAGGUGAAGCCAGAAGUAAAGAUGGAGGAGCGACUGCUAACAGGCCUUUUACGAGGUGAAGGAGGAAAAACCCCUCAAGCCAUUCACGCUGGAAGAAUCAGGGAAUUCCUACAACGGUUGCCAGGAGAAUGCAUUAAACAGGAGCCUGAGGAGGGGCUGCUACAGCAUUGGGAAGACCAAUGUCAGGAGUUUCUGAAGACAGUAGAGUCCACUCAGUCAGAGAUGGAAAUCCCACUACUGCCAGAAGAGUUGGGCCCGUGGAAAGAUGCUAAAGCCUUCCUGUUCUCCUUCGAGCAAGUGGCCCAAGCCUGCCAGUGGCCCAAGGAAGAGUGGGUGGGCCAACUCCUGCCAGCCCUCAGAGGAGAAGCUAAACAGGCCUUCAACAGGCUUGAGGUCAGAGACAGAGACAAUUACGGGAAUGUGAAGGCAGCCAUCUUGCGAGGGGAUGCCAUCAGCAGGGAGAAGAUUCGCCAGCACUUCAGACGUUUCUGCUACCAGGAAGCUGAAGGGCCCAGAGCAGUUUAUAGCCGACUCCAGGAACUUUGCUGUCAGUGGUUGAAAGUGGACAGGCACACAAAGGAGCAGAUUCUAGAGCUGCUGAUUUUGGAGCAGUUCCUGACUGUCCUGCCCUCAGAAAUGCAGAACUGGGUCCAGGAACGUGGUCCAGAGACCUGUUCCCAGGCAGUGGCCCUGGCUGAGGAUUUCUUGCUGAGCCACUGCAAGGCUGAGAGACUGGAAUCGCAGGCACGGAUACUAUUUGAGGAGGCAGCUGUGUGUUCUUCUGACGCAGGGCAGGCACUGCCUGACUCUGAGCUGAGGGAGAUGCGUAUGGAGGGCAAGCAGCAAGGUGACAAUGAAGAUGUAAGACCUCUGGAAAGUGAAGGACUGCUGAUGAGUUUGGAUGAGGAGCAGAAAUAUCAUCUGGAUGGCUCUGCUGCAGAGGGUCCCAAUGGGACAUCAAUGGAGAGAGAAGGGGCGUCCUCGUGUGAUAAGCUGGAAGGUGCUUUAGAGAGGCAGAAAGUAAAUAGCCCACCGGAGAGGAUGGUGGGAUCUGAUCCUUUCAUAUACAGUGGGUGCCUCAGAGAGACAACAAUAACAGGACAACAACAGGGAAUCCACACACGGAAGAGCCGAGGCCCAAGCAAUGUGGGUGGGAGAAGCCAGAUCAGGCAGAGAUCAGGCCUUAUUAAACAUGAAAGAACCUAUGUGGGGGAGAAAGCACACACAUGCUUGGACUGUGGAAAAACCUUCUUCAUGAGCUCUACUCUGUUGACGCAUCAGAGAACCCACAUGGGGGAGAAAGCGACAACCAAGAGCUUGGACCGUGGGAAAGCCUUUCUUGAGAAAUCACACCUUAUUAGGCAUUACCGAGGCCAGGCGGGAGACGAUUCGUGCAAGGUUGCUGAGUGCAGGAAGGGCUUAGUCGAGAACACGGGCCUCCUGAGGCAUCGGAGGAUUAUGCACACAGGCGAGAAGCCAUAUAAGUGCCCCGACUGUGGGAAAAGCUUCAGCCUAAGCUCAAAUCUUAUUUUGCACCGAAGAACUCGCACAGAAGGGUUUCCAUCUCCCUCCUGUGGCCAUGGGGAAAGUCUUGGCGAUGGGUCAGAGCUUGAUAGACCACAGAAGACUCGCAGGAGCCACUCCUCAAUGAUGCACUCGGAGUGUGGGGGAAAUGUUGGUGAUAACCCAAGCCUCAUUAAGCAUCAGGGAAUCCACCCAGAGGGGAAGCCGCAUGAAUGCCCAGACUGUGGAAAGAGUUUUCUUCUCAGAUCAAACCUUAUUUUGCACCAAAGAACCCACAUGACAGCGAAACCAUUUCAUUGCUCUGAGCGGGAGAAAGCUUUCAAGGGCAGUGCAAGCCUGGUCAAAGACGAGAAAAUCCCGCCAGAGGAGAAGCCACACAAAUGUUUGGACUGUGGGAAGAGCUUCCUCCUGAGCUGCAACCUCACUUUGCAUCAGAGAACCCACACAGGGGUGAAGCCUUUCCAGUGCUCUGACUGUGGGAAAAGCUUCAGCGACAAGUCUAACUUCCAUAGGCACUACCGGCUCCAUGCCAGAGAGAAACCACACAAAUGCUAUUUCUGCGGCAACAGUUUCAGUCAGCACCAGGAUCUCAUUGCUCAUGAGAGAAUCCACUCCCAGAACAAGGGUUGGAGAGCAAAUUGGCAACCUUACUGUCACACAGCCGCAAAAUUCACAGGAGCAGGGAACAGUGAACCAUUUGGCAACCUUACUGUCAUGCGUCUGCUACAUGUUGAAGAACAGGAGACGCGGGGUGAGCAAGCUGGCAGUCUUACAGUCAUGAAACCGUUAGAUGCCCAGGAGCGGAGGAAGACGAGCAAUUCGGCUCUAAUUCAGCGCCGAUUCGGGUGUCGAACAGGAAUGGGGAUGGGGGCAGCAUAUCUAAGAGGAGCCGCAAUCAAGGACAAAAUGGCCGCUGAAGAGAUGGAGACGCCCUCUGAGAACUUCCUCUUCCAGUCUGAGGGGAUGGAGUGUCAGGUGAAGCAGGAGCCCGAGGAGGAACCGUCCCAUUGCUGGGGAUCACCGGAGUUUUUGACGGUCGUGCAGGUUUCUGAUGCGAGACUCGGAGAUCCAGAUGCACCGUGGAAUGAGGCAGAUGCUCCCUUUGAGGGAGCAGUGGCCUCCAGCCGGAGGCCUGGAAGAAAGCGAAGGAUGUGGCGCUUACCAGGCCUCAACAGGGAUGCCCAACUGACAUAUACUACUGAUGUUGAUGGAGCAGCUCUGCAAGCCUAUAAGAGCCUGGGCCGUGAUGGAGACGACAAGCCAGUGAAGGAGCCGGCCCUUUGUGAGGAGGAUGCCCUCGAGACGGAGGCCUACCGCCAGUGUUUCCGGGCCUUCCGCUACCAAGAGGCCGAGGGGCCAAGGGAGGUGUGCCGGCAACUCUGGGAACUGUGCCGGCACUGGCUGCGACCUGAGAGACACACCAAGGGGCAAAUCAUGGAGCUGUUGAUCCUGGAGCAGUUCCUGACCAUCCUGCCGCCGGAGAUCCAGAGGUGGGUCAGGGAAGGUGGGCCGGAGACCUGCUUCCAGGCGGUGGCCCUGGCCGAGGAUUUCCUGAUGAGACAAGAAGAUGCCAAGGAGAGCAAAGACAAAGAGGUGCUGCUUCAUCAAGCAUCUGCAAAUCUCCCUGAAGCAGAGCAGACUACAUUGGAUAUCAGACCGAAACAGCUUUUCAAGGAACCUAAGCAGGAGGAGGAGGAGGAGGAGGAGGAGGCGGAAGCUGUGGGUGUGGGAUGGUCACCUGACGAUGAGGAAGAGGAGAAGUCACAUCUGGAGGAACCUGAUCAAGUGGAAUCACAGGGGUUAUCCAGGGAAAGACUUUCUUGGUGUCAGGAGGAUGGAGGCAUUUCGGCAAAUCAACCUGAAGCAGGACAGAAAAUCCUUCCAGGAAAACGAGAAAGGAAUUCCCUUCCUUCGUGGGAAGGUGAUGAGGACUUUGGCGAAAGAGAAGAGGAGGGGAUUCUUAAGUCCGAGGAAGAAAGUUCUUGUCCUCUGGAUGAGAAGACCCUCGGUCAGACUAUGGGAUUUCUUUGCCACCAGAGAAUCCACACAGGAGAGAAGCUGCACAAGUGUCAGGUGUGUACAAAAACCUUCACUUUGAGAUCCAGACUUGCAGCACAUGAAAGGACGCAUGCAGGAGAGAAGGCGUACCCCUGUGUGGACUGUGGGAAAAGUUUUGGCGUGAGCUCAGACUUGGCUUGGCAUUUAAAAACCCACGCGGGUGAGAAACCUUACAAAUGUUUUCAAUGUGGAAAAAGCUUCCGCCACAACCAUUCCUUCACUAGUCACCUGAGAAGCCAUGUGGGGGAAAAGCCAUUUCAAUGCUUGCGCUGUGGGAAAGGCUUUGCUACCCGCUCAGAUCUGAUUAGGCACGAGAGGUCCCACACAGGCGAGAAGCCCUACAAAUGCUCAGAUUGCGAGAGAAGUUUUUGUCAGAGCUCACAGCUUAUAUCCCAUCUGAAAGUCCACACGGGAGAGAAACCUUAUAAAUGCCCCGAGUGUGGGAAAAUCUUCAGCAGGAGCUCACACCUUCAUGGACAUCAGAGAGUCCAUGCCACUGAGAAACCGUUUAAAUGCUUAGAUUGUGGAAAAUCAUUCAGUGGGAGGUCCCACCUCAAUAGACACCAGAGAAUCCACACAGGGGAGAAACUCUUUAAGUGCUUGGUCUGCGGAAAGAGCUUCUGUAUGAACUCGGACCUUGUUGCACAUGAGAGGAUUCACACAGGGCACAAACCUUACAAAUGCCUGGACUGUGGAAAGAGCUUUAGUCAGAAGCAGCACCUGACGAGCCACCAGAGGACCCAUACAGGAGAAAAACCAUAUGUCUGCCUGCAUUGUGGCAAAGGCUUCAGUGUGAGUUCCAACCUCAAUACACAUGAGCGAACUCACACAGGAGUGAGACCCUUUAAGUGUUCUGACUGCGGAAAAAGCUUCAGUCAGAAAUCACACCUCAUUGGCCACCAGAGGAUCCACACAGGGGAAAAGCCCUAUUUGUGUGGGGAUUGUGGGAAAAGCUUCAGUUCAAGCUCAAACCUUAUGGCACAUGCGAGAAUCCACAGUGGAGAGAAAGUAUAAGACCAUUCAGAGGAGAUCUGGAACAAAUCUGAUGGACGAGAACUCUUAAUCAAAUGCCUUCCUUUCAAUAGCCUUCUCUCCACUAACUAGUAUGUGGAGGCACGCUCCCUCUGUUCCUGGAGAUAGCACAGGGCCAUCACAGCUAGUAGCCACUUAUCCUCGAUGAAUUUGCAAAUCGUGUUUUAAAGCUGUCGAAGUUGGCAGCCAUCAUCUUGUACAAGAGAAUUCCACAGCUAUGCGUUGAAGAAGUACCUCCUUUUCUCUUACCCGAAUUUCCCAGCAGUCAACUUCUCUAGAACAUGGAACCAUUGGUCCAUAUAGCUCAGUAUUGUCUACACUGACUGUCAGCAGGUCUCCAGGAUGUCAGACAGGGGCAGAUGCCAGAGACUUUUGCUUCCAAUUCAUCUUUUUACUUUCAAGACUUGAAACUGACAUUCUCCUUAAUAAGAAUUCUCUUCCCUCCACCCCUCGCCCCGACAUUCCCGAUUGUUAAUAGUACAGGAUAUGGGAAUUUUAGGGGGUGGACACAAACGGUAACAAGAUAUAAGAUAUAAGAAGUACUGUACUUAGCAUGUUGAUACUCAACUGUUGAUAACUUUUAAGGCAAUAAAAUGUAAGGCAGAAGUGGGCAAAGAUUUGUCCUCUGCUGACCCCACAGGACAGGAGUCGUUCUAUGGGCUCCAGUUUCAGGAGGGGAGUUUUCAGUUGAGCAUUAGGCCCACCCAGACUGCUCUUUUAUUGGGGGUCUAUGCAGCAACAUGCCAUCGAUGCGUUAACAGUGUAUUUGAAGUGGAUUUAUACUGGACUGUUCACACUUCAUCCUGCUUUAUCAGGGGUGCUUCCCCAGGCUGCAUUCAGACGGCACUUUAUUCCAUCUUCCUGACCUGCUAAUUUUCAUGUUUUAUGUGAUCUUUCACAUGGCAUAGAAGCCGCUACUGGGAAUCUAGUGGCAGUUUAGUGCUCAUUUCCGUGUGAAUUGUUUCCAGAAAACAAUCCUUUUGCAACCCUGGAAUAUCACAUUUGGCAUUGUAAGUUUCCCGCAGUUUUCAUGGAUGAGGCCCCCAUCCCUUAUUUGGGCUGGUAUUUUGUCUUGCCAUGCAUUGAAUUGUAGGGGAACAGAAGGGGAACAUGCGCGGAAAGGGUGGGGGAGAGGCCACACGUCCUAUGAUGCUCGUCGUGUGAAUGAAAUUUAAUGCAACAUGGUUGUAUAUUGAUCAAAAAGCCACAACUCCAUAAUGCAACAGGUACUGCAGGGUAAAAGGAAUGUUAGAAUUUGGGACAUAAACACUAAUGUUAUAACCACGAAAACUAAUGCAACAAACUCCCUGUCUGAAUGCAAUCCCAAUGCUCCCGCAUGAUUGUAUCCACACUUUAAUUCUGCCCAUACCAUUGUCUGUGUUCCUGUCAUUGGAUAUUCCCCCUGAGCACCAGUAGGUUGUGCUAUCACGCCCUGCCACCCACACUUUCAUGUGGACGCUUUUUAUGUUUAGACUGUGGUUGCUGUGCUAAACCUAUGCGCAUAUCCACAAGGAAACCCACAAGAAUGCUGAUAUCUGGUGUCAACACGCUGCGUCACCAAGAAGUGUGUUUAAUUCGGUGCAUUUGCCAGGGCAUCCUAGCGGAGCAAAAAAAAUAUUAAAAUUGAAUAUUUGUAGUAUGAAAAAUUACAGGAUUUCAGCCGGAAGCUAUGGGCCAUGCGCUGAUUGCUAAUGAAGCCGUAUGACUGCCCCAGUCUUUUGCGGGAGCAAAUAAUUUUGAAUGCGGGAGUGUGUACAACCACCCCAAUACCACUGAACAGAAAUCACCAUGAAGGCACGAUUAAAAGGAUGGCUGGAGGGGGUCUUACUGAGAGUAAAAGCAGUCCAGCAGUGGAACUCUUUACCUAGACGAGUGAGUGGAUUUUCUCUUGCUGGAGAACUCUUAGUGACAGUGAUGCAGGGUGGAAUUUUUCCCCAGUGCUUUUUCCACUGAAAGUUUAUUUGCCUUGUAUAAGUUUAUUACUAACAAUGAAUGGAUGCCAGUUGCAAAGACAGUAUUAGGCAAGCGUGGCAGUUUCAAGUUUUUUAGAUUUGUUUGCUAAAUGCAAGUAAAAUAAACAUACUCAAUUAGAUCACCCUCAAGGGCAGGGGUGGGGAAUCUUUUCAACCCAUGGGCCACAUUCCCUUUUGGGCAGCCUUCCAAGGGCCACAUGCGAGUGGUGGGCAGGGCCAGAGACAAAAGCGUCCCAGACAGCAAAUGUUAAGUUUGACCUUUGCACGGUAGGCUAGUUCUGUACGUACUCGCACACCCCUCGGGAUCCUCCAUCCAGGCGAGCGCAAGACAUUAUCGGAGUCCAAGGAUAUAUUGCAGCUGGGCAAAAACACUCAGAAGGGGAAGUGAAGGAGGGCCAGUGUGGGGUGCUGCCUGGGGAGAGUCCCGAUGACCAGUUAAGAGAGAUCUGGAGGGCUUCAUUUGGCCCCUGGGCCUGAGGUUCCCCGCCCCAGCUCUAGGACAUCAGAAAAAUGUUCCAGUGCAAAUGGAACAUAUUCCAGUGCAGAUUGCCCAAACAGGGAAACGAUGCUAAUAGCUAGCUGGGGCUGAUGGAAAUGGUAACCUAAAACAUCUGAAGGGAAUAGGUAAAGGCAGGCUGCUGUAGAGGGUUCUUUGCGGCUGAUACCAGUCACAAACUUGUAGAUUUCUUUAUCUGUGUGGACACAAAGGCGUAUGAAGUGGUGGCUGUAGUUAGUCUGGAAAUACCUAAACAACGUCCUUUCAUGCAAUAGUGAAGAAACGUGGCAGAAAUGCCCCAGAGAGGCAUCUCCAUCGUAACUCCUGGGUGAGGAUGGGUAUCUGCGUCUGUGUUGGUUUGGUGUGGAGCUGGGGAGUUCUCAAGCAUGCUACUUCCAGGGCCCACUUGUGAUGGCUAGAAAUGACUGAAUCCCAUCAGUCUCAAAAUGGUGUUGCAGGGGUGGAGCCUGACACAAAUUGGUGGCAGGUGGAGGCAAAGUUAGUGUAAUCAGCAGGCAAUCCCUGGUAUCACCUUCUACUAAGAUCUAACCCAUCUUUGGAAAUUGCUAAAUGGUUUCUUGCAGUGUUUUACCUUGUUCAAUAGCUCAGGUUUUUUCAAGCUGACAUUUGUUAUGGAGAUUUUGUGAUUCAGGCUCCCCAUUUUAGGCAGACUUCACUGAUCCAAAGGCUCUUAAGUGGAGAAGGAUUUUAAAAAAAAAUUAUUUCCCCCCCUUCCCUCUUUCACAUGCCUCUCAAAGUAUUUUUUACUCAUCUCCUGUAAUUUCUUCUCAGGUUGUACUUGUAUCUUAUACCCCACCACUCAACUUGUAUCUUGUACCCUACCACUCAAAAACUGCCAUUUCCUUUCAUCCUUCCUGGUCCUUUUAAAUUCACAGUUUCCUCUUAUAACAGCAUUAGUAUUACUAUUAUUAACCUUUUAUCUCUCUGAUUUCCUUCAACACUGCCUCUGGCCCUUUCAGGUCAGAGCAGGGAGAACUUCUCCCCACCCCAAACAUCUUUGUCUCCACCCAGCUGCUUUUACUCAUCCUGCAAGAAAUGGCUGAUGUUUGCAUUGGUCCCACUGAAAGGCUAUGGCACAGCUGUGGGGCAGGCAAGUGAGGAGUCACUGGGCAGGCUGUGGCCCUGAGGCCCACCUGAAAAUUGCCCAGGGAGUCCUGUAGCCAGGGUGGGGCAAAAGAGUGCAUCCCCCUAGAUUCUUUUGGAAAGUUUUCUUUUUAAUUUGUGACAUGACAGACAAUGACAGCCUCCCUAUAAAAAAGAGUGACACCUUGUUUGAAGAACAGGAACAAUUUAUGAAUAGGGCUGUCUGAAAAAUUCAGUGCAUAAGGAAGGGUGAGUGCACAAUAAAAGCGUCAUGUGGAAGAGCCCCCCAAAGCCUGCUCACACAAGACUUUCCCUUGUUGAGGGUGGAUUUUUCAUGGUUACUAUCACCCUAUACUUAAGUGAUCCUAAAAAUACCCCAGCCUGUAUAAUAAUAUGACCCUUGUAGAGUUAAAUAUUAAAACUUUGUAUUAUGGGCUAGAGUUAGUCUCCACCCCUUGGACUUUCCAUUGCUCUGCUUCAGUUUCAGUUGUGUUCUCUGCCCAGCCAGCAAUAAAAAAGCAUGUUUGUUUGCGUGCAGUAAGAAGUAAGCGUUUGUUUAUUCUGCAGUUAUUACGAUGAGUAGAACAGGAUUGAGUGUUUAUUGCUA